GGCUGCUUUCGGAAUCACUCGUUCAGUCACGCCUAGACUCGUUCAAAAAGUGAACCUGAGACCGAGUCAUUCCACGGCGGUGUGCGAAGACUGAUGCUCUUAUCGUGAACUAUAGUGAAAACGUGAUAUUUUACUCAUCAACGGGCUUGAUAUUAACUCGUUAAAGUUAUUUUUAUAUGUAUAAUGUUGUGAUACAAACCGUCGCUAGUGGUGUUUAGUAUUUCGAAUACGCUUACGGUUAAAAUACAAGGAUAGAGUGUUGGUGCAAUAAGUGUUCUCAGUUCAACCUAGUCUGGAUUUUCAAGGAUUAUUUUGCAUAAUAAAGAGAUUUCCAAAAACAAGGUCUCGCUUCGUUGUCGCCGCACUAUGAGAGUGCGCUUCCUAUGCUUAUGAUCUCAAUUUAGAAAAGGAAUUUCACGCGAUAAGCCCGCUGUGUCUCCAACAAUGGAAUUCCCCCGGUACGUGCGGAUCGUGGCGCGGACGACAUUCGCGGUCGUCAACAACUUAUACUGCAUCCCCGCGUACGUGCUGUGGAUGAUGGCGCUGCGCCUUCUCAAACCCUUGUUCGCCCCCAUCUAUUGGAAGAUCGAAGGCCUCAUGUACCACUGGCUGCUGGCGAUGGUCUCCUUGUGGUCUUGGACGGCUGGAUAUGAGAUUGUCGAGACCGGAGACGAGCCUGCGGCGUGCAGCGAUCGUCGAACCCUGGUCAUCGCAAACCAUCAGUCCACGGCGGACGUGCCUAUGCUGAUGGCCGCUUGGAAUCCUCGCCCCGGAGUCCUGCCCAACCUCAUGUGGAUUAUGGAUAGAGUUUUCAAGUUUACGAACUUCGGGAUCGUCAGCGUUCUGCAUGAGGACUUCUUUAUACAAGCGGGUAAAGCGAAGAGAGAUCAGUCGCUGGAGGAACUUCGGCAGCAUAUCCACAAAUUCUACAUGCCUCUCAGCAGGCAGUUCAUGGUGCUCUUUCCGGAAGGUGGAUUCUUGCAUAAGAGAAGGGAAGUCAGUCAAAGGUUUGCCGAGAAGAAUAACUUGCCGAAACUAGAAUACGUAUCAUUACCCCGAGUUGGAGCCAUGAAGGUGAUCAUGGAAGAAAUAGGACCAAGGAGGAAUGAAGGCGCUGGUACUUCUAAGGACGAAUCGCGGAAAGAUGACAACUUUAACCAAAGCAAACAUAAGAUGAUAGUGGACAACAAUGUGGGCGACACCAUCGAAUGGAUCCUUGAUGUGACCAUCGCUUACCCUGAUCGAAUACCCAUCCAUCUUCAGGAUGUCGUAUGCGGGACCAGACCACCUUGCACCACACAUCUUCAUUACAGACUCUAUCCUAGUACUGAGGUACCAACAGACACUGAGGGUAUGACCCAGUGGCUAUACGACAGGUUCAUAGAAAAGGAGAAAAUGCUGGAGGAGUUCUACAAAACCGGAAAGUUUCCCAGCAAGGGAAACCCGUCGGGAUCUGUGGUCAGACAAGUACGGCAGGACAAUCUUCGAUACCUCAUCCUGCAUUCGUUCUUCAUAGCUUCGACCUUCAUCCAAUACAAGUUCUUCAGUUUGUUGUUCAGUUAUUUUUGGUAAAAUUGGGGUACACGUGGAACGCUUGAUCAGCUGCUAACGAUUUUAAUUUUCACAACAAAGAAUUAACAUAUCAUAUUGUUUCCGAGUUAUAUUUUUUUUUCUCCGUAUUAUUUCAUUUAUUAAACUGAGAUUGCGUUUCACGUUUUAUUUAAGAGGAGAAUAAGUAAUUAAUUGAUUCGCUUUUUGUGUUGAAAUAUAAAGAACGAAAUGUUUCAAUUAUUUUUUGCCAUACGAACUCAAAAGCAUUUUUACUGAAGGCAUAAGUACAUUUUAGUUUUGGUUUUUUUUUGUGUUUACUUUAUUAUUAUAACGUCCAUGUAAAAAGUUACCUCGAUUUUGACAUAUUGAGUAUUAUCUAGAUUUGUCAGUGCCGUGGGCACGAUAAACGACCAAUAUCACUAUUUAAGAAUAAAUAACCGGACCGUAAGGAAAACCGAUUGCGUAUAAAAAUUCGGUUUUCGGUUUUCUCGGUUCUAUGCAUUCUGUAUUAGUGAAAGCGUUCGGAAAUGCUAUUAGGAAAUUCGGCGUUUAAGAAAAUCUUGCAAGUUUUUAUGAAAUGGUACUUAAUGCUUAGAUUUUAUUUUUGACCUUUAACAUGCAGACAGCGGCUUUUGUAGGCAACGGCUUGGCUCUGCCCCUGACAUUGGUGAAGUCCAUGAGCGACGGUAACCACUCACCAUCGGGUGGGCCGCAUGCUCGUCUGCCUACAAGGGCAAUAAAAAAACCAUACAACAUACAAUAGAAGUUAUUAGUGUGAAUCCUAUCUGACAAUUGUAGUACUUUAGUAUUGAGCUUGGAGAACGCAUUUUCUAUUGAAUCCCUUAAUCAUUUUUAUGACACCUAUAGGAUGAGAUGUAUUAGUGUUAUCCUAGGCUUAGAACGCUGCGUACAUAAGCAACACCUUAAAUAGAAGGAUCAAUUUCAAUACCAAUGAAUUACAGCCGUUUUUAUUCUGACUUGCAUAGCUUAAAAGUUCAUGCAAAGAAUGAAAUUUACAUUAUUGAUAACAGCUAAUAAUAAUUAAGAAACUUCUAAGUGUUGCAGUUAUUGACGCAGUUCAUUUCCUCAUAAUAGGCAAAAGAUAGAUAGAUCUUGUAGUUUUAACGGAAAAAAAGAAACCAUUAAAAGAAGCUUGGACAAUAAAAAAUAAAUCUAUUAAUAAUUGUGUAAUAUUCAACCACUACAUAAAAAAAACCAUAUCAACAGGUAUUAUUGUACACUCAAUAAUUGUUACUGAAAGAACAGAAUUUAUAAAUAUUUAAGCAUUAAAAUAGAAAUAAUAUUUUAAUAUUUACAACAACACAGCUCGAUAUCAGACAGAAAGGAACAAUGAUAAAAAUUCCAAAGCUCUGUUAGCAGAUACCAUUUACGUAAUAUUUUGUCGUUCGGUAGUUCUUAAUUUUUUUUUUGUAACCUGUUCUUUAUUAACACGCUUAAGUCAGUCAGAUCUCGGGCAAUUAGUAACUGCAAUAAAUCAUUUCCUAGGAGCAUUUCUAAACGCGUUAUUACAAUGUGUGCUGUGACAUUAAGUCAAUACAUAAAUAAAAUAAUUACCUAGUAUAAGUUUGCUUCGCGCCGAACCAAAUAGGGAUAUAUUCGUCGUCCCUUUUUUUAUCGAUUUUAUUAAUUCGAUGUCGAUUCUCGAUUUUGCGGGAUAAUUUCUCGGGACUAUUGGAAUUCGGGAUCCCGUUUAGGGUAUGUAAUAUUGACAGACUGAUUCUGUAUGUUGUAAAAUGGCUGUAGAAUUUUAACUUUUCGGGUUGCAUAUCUAUGCACAUUCAUCAUAAUUAUCUAUAUGUUUGGGCGCGCUAGUAGUUUUGCCAAUCGAAUUCAAUUUCAACAGCGCCAUGAAAGCAUGGGCUAAAUCUAAUUUUAUUAUAUUUCAAUCGAUGGAAAACAAAUUUAUUAAAUCCUUGAAAUAUGUCCAAAACAAUAUUAGAAAAAUAUUGUUUGUGUGUGUGACUACUGGAAAAUUUACCUCUGAUUGAUAGAGAUUCACCUCUAUCAGUCCGAAUCAGUUAACAGGGUUCGCUUUUUCUCUGAUCAGUAAGUUUACAGCCGAAGUAACACCCAGAAAUCAGUCAGGAGCGUUAAUUAUAAUAGUAUCAAACAAUUUCUAAAUUAGUUUUAAGUGAACAGUCUAAUGGACAACAACUUUAAUGCUUUCAAUUAAUUAUUCAGGAAAAUUCCUUUUUUGUUGUAUGCUAUGGCCGUAUUUUUAUAAAGCGUUAUAACAUGAAGUCUCAGACACACUUACUUACAUUACCACAAGACACACUUACAUAUCGUCAUCGGUGGCAGACGUUCCACUCAUUCAUAGACAUCACAAAGAACUAUUCUAGUAAAAAGUAAUCUUCGCUUUUACCGAAGGCGCUCAAGCAAUGGAAUGCUUGUUAUUAGAAAUCCUGGGGGUAGGUAGCAAAAACGACCUCGUCAAACUCAGUAUAUUGUAUCUGAAGUCUGCUGAAAUGGCGCUAUUAUGACAACCAAUUCCAUUUCGUGGAAUGUUUGACAAUUUAUUCAUUGCGCGGAUUUUCUAUAAUUUCCUUUGUCGUAUCGCUCAUGUCAGAGCGUUCGUGCUCGUAAUUCAGCAUCAUUGCUAUGGGCAGAUGCUAUGCGCUUCACGAGUAAUCACCACUCCUCCCGGUUUCUAUAAAUAAUAGAAGCGUUUAAUUACUUUUCACCUAACCAUGUCUAUAAUGUAUCUAUUCGUUAUUUUAUUCAAUCUGGGUUGUAGCACCGUUGAGUUUCAUCUCUGAUAAUUGCAUAUAUUUUUUAUUUGAAUAUUAGAGUAUUUUGCUUACGAAUUCCAGACAUGGACACAACAUUACAACUGAGCGGAAACGUUAUGAAACGAUAAACAGCAAAAUACAUUCAAUAUUAAUAAUCAAAUCAAAUCAAAUCAAAUCAAAAAAUUUUUAUUCAACAUAAAUGAAAGUACAUACUUGUUGAACGUCAAAAGAACUACCGCCAAUUCACAAGAACUAGCCUCCGUCCUGAGAAGAAUUGGCAAGAAACUCAGCGGGCAUGUCUUUUUUUUUACAUAUAAAAUUAUUAUUUAUUUAUUUUUUAAUAUUAUUAUUUUUUUAAAUAUGAAUUUUUUACACUGAGUAUUAUAACGUAACAAUUACUACAAUAUUGAAAUGCCUGGAGCGAGCAACUCAUUCCCACUUUGUGCAAUCUUCUAGAUAAUCAUUGACUUUAUAGUAAGCUUUAUUGCACAGAUGUUCUUUAAUAGUUUUCUUAAACCUAUGUAUAUGUAGGUUCUGAACAUCAUGUUGGAUUUUGUUGUACAGGCGCACAGACAAACACCCGAAUGAAUUUCGUAUCUUAUGUAACCUACUCAUCGGCACAACAAGCUUGUGUUUGUUCCUAGUAUUUCUAUUAUGUAUGUCCGACUGUUUAGGAAACUCCUCAAUAUGUUUACGAACAUACAUCAAAUUUUCAAAAAUGUACUGGGAUGGCAUAGUGAGAACUUUAAUUUCUUUAAAUUUCUCCCUCAGGGAUUCCCUUGAGUGCAUGUUAUAAAUAGCACGUAUAGCUCUUUUCUGCAGAAUAAAUAUCAUUUCUACAUCGGCCGCAUUGCCCCAUAGCAAAAUGCCAUAGGACAUGACACUGUGGAAGUAACUAAAGUAAACUAAACGAGCCAAUAACUAUAUAUUCGUAUUUCUUCCGUGAAGCAGUAAUGCGUUUCGGUUUGAAGGAUGGGGCAGCCGUUGUAACUAUACUGAGACCUUAGAACUAAUAUCUCAAGGUGGGUGGCGGCCUUUACGUUGUAGAUGCCUAUGGGUCCAAUAACCACUUAACACCAGGUGGGCUGUGAGCUCGUUCACCCAACUAAGCAAUAAAAAAAAAGUAUUACAUAUAUUUGCGUCAUUAGUUUAAAGCCUACCAUAGAUAAUACACUUAAUAUUAGGCCUACUAACUAUUAUUAUGAUCGCAGAGAAAGAAAAAGAGCAUUCAUUACAAAUGAUACAUAAUAUGUAUCACAUUAAAGUUGUUGUUCAUUAUUUUUUAUAUAUAAAUAAGAUAUUAUAGGUAACUUUUUUUUCUAAAUAACGUACCUUUUCACGAUACAAUAUACGACUCAGAUUUUUCUUAAAAGUAUAUAUAUAGUUGGAGUUGAAAAAAUUCAAAACGUAUGCCAAAAUUUUUGCCGUAAGUGCCUAGGCUUAAUUGGUUAUUUACUGCCGAUAUUGAUGGCAUGUCUAUGUGUUAUCUUAUGUGUGUUGCUAAGGUGUCUUAUGUUGGAACGGUAAACUAUCGCCAAUCUUAUUGUAUGAUUAAGCUAGAAAAGUUUGAGGAAAAGAAUGAAAAUGAGAAACACUUAUCAUUGAAUUAAUCGGAUUAAAAAGAUAACGUAGAUCAUAUUGUACAUGUCAAUUUGUGUUGAAACAAUAUAUGGACCGUUUAUUUUGAAAGUGGUGUAAGUCCAUUUUUGAGAAAAAUCAGUUAACACGUAAUUCAUGCAUAAUUUAAUGUAACUUUUUAUAUAUAACUAGUUCGUGUUUAAUUUCUCAAAAAAAUCCCAUGUUUUGUACAACUUAAAAUCGGUCGGUAAAUGAAAGUGGUGUAAGUCCAAUUGACAGAGGUAGGUGGCAUAGCCAUACCCCAUAUGAUUUGCCUGUAUUUUUAAAUCAACAAAUAUAGUAACCCUUAAUUUUCUCGAAACAAAAGAAAAUGGACUUACACCACUUUCAAAAUAAACGAGAUGGACCGAUCUUAGUUUCUUGGCAACAUAACUUCGAUAAAACUAUUGAUAGGCCGCGGAUAUCGGCCGAUAGUUUAUUCGUAAAUUUAAUUCGGUGAUUGUGAAUACUAAUAUUUGGGUCACAAAGAAGUGAAAUUGUAGUUUUUUUUUAUACUAAUAGAUAUAAACAGUCGCCUUUUGCGGUUCCUUUUCGAAGUGUAAGUCCUAACUUUUUAUCACUUUCUUAAUAGACCCUUAAAUAAAUAUGCUUACACACUAUCUCUGUUCACGUUUUAAAUCGUAGUUAAAUAAUUAACAAUAAUCUAUACAAAAUAAUGUAUUAUUACCUAAAGGUUUCUUCAAAAUAAUGAUUUUAAUCCAGGUUACUAAGGAAUAUUUUCCUGCACAGUUUAAAAUAUACUGCUUUUAGUAAUUAUCUCACUGCUAUUAAAAUUUAGCAGCUUUUCGAUGCAUAUAGUGGGUUUUUUUCCGAACACUUUGUUUUUUCAAAUGAAUAAAAAUGAGUCAAAAUUCUGAUUAGAUCAAUAAUGUAUUUGCGAAGGCUUAUUUGUGUGGUUGGUAGCGAAGAAGUGGAUCGCUGUGAUUUUCGUAAAAUGGACCCAGACGUAAGAUUUUUUUGUGUCGGGAGAAAGGCGCUCGUACAUUUUUGUUCUUACAUUGUUGGAUUUGAUGUAAAUUUACUUAAUACUCCGUUUAUCGCGUGUUUCAAUAAACACAGUUCUAUUGUAUUCUUUGUAUUACAAAAUAUUUAAUGUCUAUAUUGAAGAUUUCUGCGUAACCUAUAAAUAGAACUUGACGUUUAUUAACAAAAAGUCAAAUCAAAAUAAUUUAACAUAACUCAACCCACACAGUAGAACAGAUCUUCCAACGCGCUUGAAGGAGGCACAGUCCCCAAGAUACUGGCCACGUUGCCUCGUUGGACAGCCAGACUCACUCUCUGUGCAAAGUAGUCUUAGCAUCAUGUGUAACCUCCUUCAAGCGUUUGGAGAUUUCUGUUAAAAUAUUUGUAUUUAUUCUAAUCUUUGUAUUUAUAUUGUUUGUUAAACAGCAGUAUUUACUGCGAAGUUAGCCAAUCGUCCACACAAUUAUUAAUAGCACUUUUAAAUGAUUCUAUUAAAUCCGUUUGUACUUUCGAAGUCACGGAAUACUCUUAAACAGAAUAAACAUAAAUUAAGAACGGUUUUAUUUAAUACUGAAUGUUUUUCUUUUUGUUUCUGGUGAAUAGUGUUUUGUUUUUCAUUGCGUAAUGAAUUAUUUUUAUUUUCAUUAAGUCAUUUAGCUGUAAUUUAGUUCUAAGCGUUAAUGAAGGCUUUGUUUGUUUGUUUUUUUUUCUUUUUUCUUUGUUGAAUAUUCCCUACAACUGUACUUUAUUUUUAAAGCUUCUCUAUAAAUUGAGAUUCCGAUCUCUUGUCUCGCGAUUGGCGACUGGGUUUGCGUUGUGAUGUCUAUGACCUGCCGUACCCGUUUCAAAGCGGGCCAUUAGCAGAUAAAUAAUAUUUCAACAUAAUCAUAAUUUAAAUACAUGAUUUCUUAUAGUUCUGUGGUAAUCUAUAGUCUUAUAAUUUGAGUUAUUUAAAUACGUGAUUUUCAGGUAAAUUGUAUCGAUCUAUCGAUAUUGAUUGACUAUUUAAGUCAAAUAGUGUUCGUUCGGGUUUAUUGUAAUAAUGUUUUUUUUCUUUAUCAAGGGUUGUGUGAUAACGUUUUUUUUUUUUGUGUUGUUAAAAAUUAGAUAUUAAGUCGGUUCGUGUAACAAAUCCUAAUCUUUCAUCUCGCUCACGCUUUCUCGUCGUUUGGUGAGCAAGAGAGAGAUCGCAAUGAUUAAGUUCGUGCAAUUUUAAGUUACACCAUUAAUAUGUAAGUAAUUUACUUUUAGCCAAUUAACAAAUAAUAUGUAGUCUUUAAAUUGUUUUGGUAUGAUAAAAAUCGUUAAUCGAUUAUUAUUGAUAUGCUCGGUUGGAUGUUUUCUUCACUGAUAUGUUUUUGUUCGGUUAACAUCGCAUCCACCUUUAUUUUGUUUACUGUAAACAUUACGUUGUCAAUAAUUCAGGAGUGAAUAAAUCUGGCAUACUUGGGAUCUAUUGCUUGUGCUAAAGUUCUUUUUUUUUCGAAAUUGCGUGAAAGUGUAUAAUAUUACGUCAUUACGUCAAAGGAAUUUAUGUAAAUUAAUUAUUAUUAUUGGAGGCAACAUUUGUAAUGUUUAUAAUCCUAAGGUGUCUUCAUAAUAAGCUUCAUUUCGUAUUAUCGUAUGACUAGAACGCUUGUGAUUUGCUGUUUGUAAAUUGAUGUUUCACAGUUUGUCAAUAAAGCACUUUUGUGGCACUAA